AAGUACUGCUGUUUAUUCCAAAGUAACGCGGCGACGCUACAGUUACCCUGAAGAAUGUCACGUCGUCACUUCCGUUUGGAGAGAACGGAGAGGAUUUGCGUUACCGAGCGACCAAGAGGAUUGUCAGAGGAGCCUGUGGAGAUUAUUUGCCCUCCAGACAUCCAUUAAAAACACACACAAAUAGCAUUUUCAUCAUGGAAUAAUCUUAAAUGCGGUGCGGGCGGUUCGGUUCAGCGGUUGAGACGGCAAACAGAUAUUCAUCAUGACAGAUAGUAUUUUGAGCAAAGCCGCCACUAUGGAAAUCCCCAUCAACAGCAAUGGGGACAGCAGGACGGCUGAGGAUGACAGUCUUGAGCAGGGUGCACAGAUUGGUGGGAGCUUAGAUGAAAUUGUAGGCACACUGCCAGUGGCCAUGGACUUGCAGCAGGUGAUGGUGUCUGGACCAAACCUGAAUGAAACCAGCAUUGUGUCUGGAGGCUACGGAGGGGCAGCAGAGGGCAUCAUACCCACCAGUUCCAUCAAAGGACCAUCUAUACGUUUCAACCCGGAGUAUUUUGACAGAAGAUGUGGCAACGCGCCCAAACCAGACAUCCGCUCCAAAUCCAGGGGCAUCACUCCCAGCCAUUCAGCUGCCAGUCGGAUAGCAAACCAGCCAGGACAUUACCCAGCUCCCAGUAUGCACCACAGCAACAGCAACCCAUCCAUGAUGUCAGAGGAGGCCACAAGAGGAGUAGCUGUAGAGAAAUUUGACAGCAUGAAAAAGUGGAGCAUUAACACGUACAAGUGCACAAAACAGAUGUUUUCGGAGCGCUUCGGUCGUGGCUCAAAGACGGUGGACCUGGAGCUUGAGGCUCAGAUUGAUGUGCUACGAGAGACUAAGAUGAAAUACGAGUGUAUUCUGAGACUAGCACGUGAGCUCACCAGCCACUUCAACAACAUGGUGCAGACUCAGCAGGCUCUUGGAGACACCUUUGCUGAUCUUAGCCAGAAAUCUCCAGAAUUGCAGGAUGAGUUUGGCUAUAAUGCAGAGACACAAAGACUGCUAUGCAAGAAUGGAGAGACGCUCCUGGGUGCCAUCAAUUUCUUUGUGUCCAGCAUUAAUACAUUAGUCAACAAAACCAUGGAGGACACACUCAUGACCAUCAAUAUAUAUGAGAAUGCAAGACUGGAAUUCGAUGCCUAUAGAACCGACCUGGAGGAGUUGAGCGCGGGUCCGCGGGACGCUGCAGCCAUGGUGUGCAUUGAGAUAGCUCAACAGCAGUACCAAAUCCAUAAAGACAAGUAUGAACGACUGCACAGUGAUGUCAGCAUCAAGCUCAAGUUUUUGGAGGAGAAUAAGGUAAAGGUGAUGCACAAGCAGCUCCUACUGUUUCAUAAUGCUGUCUCUGCGUAUUUUGCUGGAAACCAGCAGCAGCUGGAACAGACUCUCAGACAGUUCAAUGUGAAAUUGAAGCCACCAGGUUCUGACAAGCCGUCGUGGCUUGAGGAACAGUGAUCACUUUGUCAAUGUAAAGACACACUCAAACAUGGAAACCCGAAAAUGGAUGGACGGGGAUGUAAAAGUGAUUCGUAUGAAUGAUUAAGACAAAAGAAGUAGUUGUUUUUAAGUUGCCAAACCUUGGAAAUAUGCCCAGAAAGGCUUGAAAUAAAUAUUAAUUUUAUCCAAAUGGCUUAUGGAAACUAUCUGUGGUUACAUUUUACAGCUGCCUUAACUAUCUCCUAUACAUUCAAAGUAAUAUGUCGCAAAAUUACAAUACAAAUCAAUCACAUAACUCACUUUCUGUAAAAACUUUAAAAUUUUCUGAGGCAUUCAUAGUCAUAUUCACAAAACUGUUCCAUAUCCAGUGAGCACCUCGCAGGCCAGUUUAUAUACUUUGUUUUAUCAUAGAGUAGAGUCAAAAGGAAUGAAUGUUGUGCUUGUGUGUUUGUUUUUAACGUAAGGUUGUUUGAAAGAGGAUUGGGUCAUGGUAAAAGAAUGAAAAAAAGAAUGCUCACGGUAUGUGUCAUAAGAAGGUUAAUAAUAAUAUAUUUAUAUUUAUGUAAAUUUGUGAAGUCCUAUCUAUGAAAUUAAAACACAUUUGAAAGCGAUAGAAUCUAAUGAGUGAAAUUUAUCUUGCCUUAUGUGUCUCUCUUACUUUUACUGCCACAUGGCAGCCAGGCUUAGUUU